AUCAAAAUUACCGUCUACUGGGAGCCCCCUCUCCCACCUGACAUCUGCUUGCCUUCAAAAUUUUCAGGUCCAUCUUUUCCCUGCAAGUUACAAAUUCAAGUAAAAGCAAAUUACUGUUGUAAUUAACUACGAUUCGAUCGAAAAUUGCCGCUUUUGCAUAUGCGCGAUUCGAUAAGAGCUUCGUGGCAGAAGGACGAACUGACAACGAAGGGAUUCGAGUUUGGACAUUGGAAAAGGUGGCAGCGGAGGUACCCCUAACUUUGAGACCGUGAUUGGUAAAAGAAGUUUCCAUUGCCGUAUUUUUUCCUUCAAUUUUAUAGCAUCUCAAUAUCUGAAAUCUAACCAGAGUCUUGCAUCUGUUGAUGCGCCUAAAGAAAUAAAAUAUAAAUAUUAAGUCAACUGCGAGCCACAUAUUAAUUAUUGGGUGUUUCGAGGCAUUGCAAGCACAAGAUGGAUGCCAGAAACACUCCAGCCAACAAGCCCUUAGAUGGGACAAAGUUUCUAGAGAUGUUGUCAACCAUAUCAUUGGAGGAAGUGCUCAAGUAUGAGUUCCGCCGUACACAAGCCAAAAAAUGGGAUCUGCUGGUGGAAGUAUGCAAGGAUGCCUCCACAAAGAAGUAUCAAUGCAAUGUCUGCAAUGUCGUUCAGUUCGGCGACAAGAACUUGUUCAGUCACUUGACUGGCAAGAAGCACAAUGCCCUGCUGACCAGUAUUAUGGACCUUCAGAUUAGGAAGAGGGGUGCCCCACCGCCACAGAGAGGCCGACCUGCAGAUAAGCCAGCUGGUAAUUCAAACUCCAACAAUAAUAAUGCUUCGAAUUCAAACAAUUCCAACAAUUUGAAUUCAAGAAACUCCAAUUCCAACAACAACGCUAAUUCAAAUUCCAAGCCAAACAACUCGAAUUCAAAUAAACCUAAUAUUUCCAACUCAAACUCCAACAAUUCGAAUCAAAACAAGCCUGUCCAAAGAAACGUGUCACCACAGAAAAAACCUACUCCAAACUCUGGAGCCAACAAAAAGGCAGAGGAACCAAAGCCCUCAACUGCAGAAAAGCCUUCGGGCAACGGACCCCCUUCGAGAGGUGUUCCCAAUACCAACUCUUCAGCCAAGUCUCAACCUCAAAGAAAACCUGGACAGAAUGAUAAACCAGCUCCUAGGGACAAUUCGGCCAAAAACAAAAACAAUGUACCAAACAUUGUCAAAAAUCCGCUGUCCAACAAGAUUUCUAUUGUACCACUGGCCAAGCUGAUUAGCUCCAAUCCAGAGCCCGAAGAAGAUGAUAAUGACAUGCCUAUGGAUGUAAUAGUGAUUGACGAAGAUCCCCCAUCGGAGAAUGCCAACCACUCCAUACCGAUUCAAACAGGGCUAAGGCAGCCCGCCCAAGAGGUGGACAAAAAUUCUCAAAAAAGAAGUGCUCCACCAUCCUCACGACCGGCUGUAGGCAAACAAAUAAAUCCAUCGGUUUCGGAAAAUUCUACAGCCAGACCCGAUGGCCUGACCUUUGAGUCUAGCAACGUGACCGAAAUCCUGGGACUUGUUGGCGUGGAGUAUGUUUUGAAAAUAGUUCGAAGUGUAAACGCCAGGAAUGCCAGAUAUUUGUGCUGCCUGUGCGACAUUACCGCCGAUGAGCAGAGAAUGCAGAACCACUUGGUCGGUUAUAAUCACCGCUUGAAGUAUUUUGACAAGCAUUUUCCUACCGCGAUGCGCCAGUACCGCCAGUAUGUGGCCAAUGUACCGGAGAGCGAUGUCGCCAAGAUAAUGAUGCCGAUAUUUGAAAAACUUGCCAUGGCCAUUGAGAAGCACCACGGUCGCGAGUCCCCGUAUAUGUGCUAUGAGUAUUAUUUUGGCAAAGAUCGCAACUCUCUGACCACCAAAGUUUUCAGCCGACGCCAUGCCUCGGAGCUACUGGGCCCUUCGUUCACGCACGUGGUUGACGCCAAGGAAGUCGAACAGAUGAUUGAAAAGAUGCGCCAGAGCAAGCAACAGCCUCAGCCGUUGAUGGGCAUGGAACCCUCGAAUCCCUAUGGUCAACCAUAUGCUCAGCAGGCUCGUCCCAAUAACUACGCCAACUACAACCCAGAGGGGCCUGCAAACAAUCCGCCACAAUCACAGACCGUUGAUGAUGAGACUCACAAGCGCAUGGUGGAUAGAUUCCUGCGAGGAAAUCGUCCCUCCAGGGGCGAUAACCAUGGAUCGCGGAACCCGAAGCGCAACCGGUCGCGCUCUCCUUCCAACGAACAGAGGAAGAGAACUGUCGCCAAUCCAACAAAACGCCUCUGGAACGUGGAGCGCAGAUCGUUGUCUCCCCUUCGAGAUGGGGAUAUUUGGCAGGCCUAUCGCCACAUGGUCGACCAGAAGGUGCGGGAUCUGAACGUCUCGUUCGAUGCCUAUAAGGCAGACCCUGAGCAGCACCCCAACUAUCAACAGGAGUGGCAGAGGUUCUGGAAGCGUCGCAAGGACGAGCUAAUACAGGCCGGAAUCAAUCAUCGCUCCUAUAAUUUCCAAAACGAGUGGAUUCACUACUUCAAUGCUCGUCUGGAUGAAUUGUACAACCUCGAAAUUGAGGAUAUUAAACUGAAAUGUCGCGAAAGAUUGUGCUUGCCCCUGACCAAUCAUGAGCUUGAGAAUGAAAAGUAUCAUGUCCAUGUGCGCGGUGUUGAAGAGCCUCAGCUGCGUCAACCGGAACCUCGUCAACCGGAACCUCGCCAACAGGCACCACAUCAACUGGCACCCCGGCAACUAGAACCGCGUCAGCUAGAACCGCGUCAAAUGGCACCCCGUCAACUGGAACCAAGACAACCCGAGCAAGGGCAUCCGGAUCCCUCUAAGAAGAUCCGGAGUUCUCCGCCCAAAGAGGUCGAGCCGCCGAACGUGAUUCACGUUCUCCGUCUUUUGACCGCUCUGGAGAAUUAUCUGGGAAGUUUGGGUCCUUUUGUUACCGAAAUGCUGGCCAAGGCUUUGCAAACCCAAAGACUGUAUCCCGACAGGGUUCACAAUGUAAUUCUGACAUCUGAAAACUGUGCUAUUUUGGAGACGGCCAAGGAGAAGUUCACCGGUCUCCUGAUUUCACAAAUAUACGAUCCCACUAAAGAGAAGGCUUUAAAGAGGGCGGUCCACGACACUGAAAUGUUGCUGGAAGAAGCCACCAAAUUUGUGGCUCCCAAAGAUCCAGAUUCAAUAAAAAUUGCUCCCCAGGUUAUGGAGAAACCACAAGGCUUUGGUUUCGAUAACAAGAAUAAGAAUCCCAAUCAGAUGCAGCUCUUAGAUCAGAAUUCCAAAAAGCCGUUCGAUAAAACUGAACUGGCCGCCAAGUUGGCGUCUUCUUUAGUUUCCCAAGGGAAAACAUCAAUUAAUCGCGAAGAGCUGCAGAAAAUCCUUCAAGUUUAUAACUUAAUUGAGCAGAAGAAGCGUCAGGACGAUCCUCCGAACAGUUCGGACAGUCCCGAUCGACCGAUUCGUUCACGCAACUCUCCCUUUGACUCUGAGGCCAAUGAUAACCCGUUGUCCCAACACUCGACUAGAAAUUUAAAUACAAACAAUGAGACCAGUAACUUUACUGGUCAGAAUUACUCAGAAAAUGUGGCUCGCCUAAAUAACAAAAACUCUAACAUGGCUAACUCCGACAAGAAUUACACAUCGGAUCGAGGAUUUGGUUCUGGCUCCCGUCAGAACAGUGGAUCCGGUGGUUAUCAGAACACUCAAUAUCCCAGUUGUUCGGGCACCCUUCAGAGCAGUCAAUACGGCUCUGGAUUGGGAUCGCUGCAGGGCAAUCAAUAUGGUGCUAGGUCCGGAGGACUUCGGAACUCGGAAUAUGGAUCGGGCUCCGGACCCGCAGGGCUUCAGCAGAAUCUAUUUGGGUCGGGCGGUGGAGGACUCUCAAGCAAUCAAUUUGGCUUGGGAUCCGGCGGGCUAAAUAACAAUCCAUAUGGCAGCGGAUCAUCUGGUGGCAGAUAUUCGAGCACCCAGCCGGGCACUGGCGGAUCGUCGUUGUCGUCCAGCAGCGUGUUGCCGAACAACUUGCAAAUGUCCUCCCUUUUCAACUUCAAUACCAAUCUAAACCCCACAUACAACUCUAACCGCAGAAGCCACAAUUAUUAGCCGAGAGACGACGUCACAGCCGCUUAAGCAUAGCAACGAAAUUUCUAUGAAAUUCUCAAAACCACUCGAGACAUACAUUUAUUGAAUAUUUGUGAAAUAUUUGAACAAUGUAAUGUAAAUAAAACUUUAACAUAAUUCAAAACAUACGUUUUCAAUUAUGCAGAUGUCCUCAAACUGUAUUCGCUAAGAUAUACUAAAAAUAUGCAAUAAAGAUUUUAUUACCAUGAAA